AUGGCUGAGUGGGUGCCUUUCACAGUUCCCAUCCGGACUGACAAAACCUUGCUGGUGUGGGAGCUGAGUUCCGGACCCUGGACCGAGGCCUUGCAGCCAUGGAGUCAAAUGGAGAGCUGCCGGCAGGACCACAUGAAGAUGCUGCUGUUCCACGUCAAGGCAGAGGCCCAGGCUCAGCAUCCAGAGGCCACUGAAGAGACAGAACCACCUCCACUUCAGCAGGGGGCUCUGUCCCAGCCUUCAGAGGGCCCUGAGGAAGUAGGCACUGCCAUCCCUCGGGGGGAGGGAGGGCUUCAGGAGGUUUUAGCUGAACAGUUAACGCCUCAUGAGAGGUCACUAAUGUGGUUGAAACCUCCAGUUCUGCAGGAGGCCCCAUCUCAGCCUCCAGAGAGCCCUGAGGAGGUGGAACCGUCUCCAGUCCAGGAGGAAGCUGCGUCUCAGCCUCCAGAGAGCCCCGAGGAAGUGCAACCUUCACUUGUGCAGGAGGCCCAGGCUCAGCCUGCAGAGCAUCCUGAGGAGGCGGAACCUCCUCCAUUCCCUCAGGAGGCCCAGGCUCAGCCUGCAGAGCGCCCUGAGUAUGACUCUGCCCCACUCCAGCAAGAGGCCCCAAUGCAAGUUCCAGGGUUCCCUGGUGAGAAUGUACCUCAGUUUCCAGUGAGUGAUGAGGCAGCAGCUCGACCUGGAAGUAAGUAUCCAGCUCACUCCAACCCAUCCAGUGUUAGGCUUAAACCGGUGGAUUUGGAACUUACGGUCACUCCAGAGCCUGCUAAGGAAGGCGAGUUUACCACAGCCCAGCAGGAGGCCCUGCCUCAGCCUCUUGAGUAUUCUGUGGAGGCAGAACCUUCUCCAACCCCACAGGAUGCCACAGGUCCACCUCCAGAGCCUCCUGAGGAAGCUGAGCCUUCUCCGGGUGGAGAGGGACAACUGGCUCAGCCUUAUGAGCCUAAUGGGGAAGUUGUACCCUUUUCAACCCAGCAGGAGAGCCCAGCUCAGCCCACAGAGCAUCCUGAGGUGGUGAAACCAGCCACCCAGCAGGAGAGCCCAGCUCAGUCUCCAGCAGAGAUAGAGCCUUCCGCAACCCAGCAGGAAAGCACAGCUCAGCGUCCAGAGUCUCCUGCUGAGGUCGAACCCUCGCCAGCUCAUUCUCAAGAGCCUGAUGUGACAGCAGCUUCUCCGCCAGGCCAGGAUCAAGCUCAGUCUCUGCAGCAGCCCAGUGUCACUGUGAAACCUGUGGACCUUGCACUCACCAUAACUCCAGGGCCCACAGGUGAAGCUGAACCUUCUCUGCCCCAACAAGAGGCCUCAGCUCAGUCUGCAGAGUUCCCUGAGCAGUUGGAACCAUUAUUGGUCCAGCAGGAGGCUCCAGAUCAGCCUCCAGCCCCCUCGGGAAGUGGUGAACCUUCUCCAGUCCAGCUUGAGCCCCCAGCUCAGCCUCCAGAGACCUCUACAGCUGCCACAGCUCAACCUCCAAUCCAUAACGAGGUGACGUUCUCACCUGCAGGUCCAGGUGAAGCUCAGCGUCCAGUGAUGCCUGGUACCACAGGUGAACCCCUGGAUCUGGCAGUUGUCAUCACUCCAGAGCCUGCUAAGGAGGCUGAAAGUUCUCCAGAGCAGCAGGAGGGUUCUGCUUAUUUUCCCAUUUCCCCCGAGCAGGCUGAAUUUUCUCCAGUUCAGUCCAAGCCUCUGUCUCCAUCUCCAGAGCCCCCUGGGAAGAUUGACUCUUUUCCAGGCCAACAAGAGGCCACAGCUCAGACUGCAGGUCCCCCUGAGGGGGUGGGGCUUUCUUCGGUCCAGGAGGAGGCCCUGGCUCAGCCUCCAGAGCCACCUAAGGAGGCUGAGAUGACAGUUGGAACACCAGGACAGAAUCAAGCUCAGCAUUCCAGCUCGCCCAGUGUCACUGAUAAACCUUUGGACCUGGGGCUUACCGUGACUCCAGGGCCUCUUACAGCGGCUGGACACUCUGCAUCCCUGCAGCAGACAUCUCAUCCAACAUACAUGGAGGUGACACCUCCACAGGCAGAGCAGGUACUGGCUCAGCAUCCAUCCAUGACUGAGUUCACAGUUCAACCUCUGGAUCUGGAAGUUACACUAAGUCCAGAACCUAAUACAGAGGCUCAACCUUCUCCAGCCAUGCAAGGGACCCCAACUUGGCCUCCAGAGCCCCAUCAGCCUUCAUUGUAUCAGGAGGUGACAGUUCCCACACCAGACCAGGAUCACCUUGAGCAUCUAAUGUCAUCUAGUGUCACAGAUAAACCUUUGGAUCUGGAGCUUACCGUGACUUCAGAACCUACUACAGAAGCUGAACAUUCCACAUCUCCUCCUCCAGAACACCCUGAGGUGACACUCUCCCCUUCAAGCAUCACUCCAGUCACAGUUCACACUGUGGACCUGGAAGUUACUGUAACUGGAGCAUCCAGUGUGGAUGUUGAACCUUCUCCGACCAAGCAAGAGACCCCAACUCAGCCUCCAGAGCCACCAAAGGAGGUUGUCGUUCAAUAUCCACCCCAUCAGGAGGUGACCAUUCCAACUCCAAGUAAGGGUCAUGGUCAGCACACAACACCAUCCAGUGUCACACCUCAUCAUGUAGACCUGGAGCUAACCAUGACUUCAGAACCUGCUAUGGAGGCUCAACAUUCUACAGUCCUCCGGAAGACUACAGCUCCUUCUCCUGAGGUGGCACUUGCACACCCAGACCUGACUCGAGUCACAGUUCCACCUGUAGACCAGGAAUUUACCACAACUCGGCACCCAGGGUCACUGAAGACACCUGCUUCGACUGAGCCUUCAGUGGUACAGUCUGUAACAUACACCUCAGAAAAGGAGCAACCGGAACAGAGCGCUCCCACAAGCGUGAACAUCUGUCAGCUCUGCACCUGCAGUAAUGAGACCUUGUCCUGCGUUGGUCUCAGCCCAAAGGAGAGGCUCCGCAGAGUGCCCGUGCCAGAGCCCAACAGCUACAAUGGCACCUUCACUGUCCUAGAUUUCCAAGGAAACUCUAUUUCUUACAUUGAUGAAAAUACAUGGAAGCCUUACCGGUGGACUGAGAAACUAGAUUUAUCUUGCAAUAAAAUACAGUUUAUUGAAAGCGGUACAUUUGAAUCACUACCUUUUCUGCAGUUUGUCAAUCUUGGUUGUAAUUCAGUCACAGACCUGAGCUUUGGAACGUUCCGGGCCGCACAUGGAAUGCAGUUUCUACAGAAGGUAAUUCUCAGUCAUAAUCCUUUGACAACAGUUGAAGAUUCUUAUCUUUUUAAAUUGCCAGCAUUAAGAUAUUUAGACCUGGGAAAAACAGAAGUCUCACUUACAACAAUUGAAAGAAUCCUCAUGAUGAGCCUUGAAUUAGAAAAACUAAUCUUACCUAGCCGUCGGACCUGCUGCCUCUGCCAAUUUAAAAAUACUAUUGAAGUUGUCUGCAAGACAGUCAAACUGCACUGUGACAGGGACUGCCUGACAGAGACCACACAUUGUGGUGAAGAAGCAGCUGUAGGGAACAUAGAAGGAUCGUUCAUGAAGGUGUUAGAAGCCCGGAAAAAUAAUACCAGCACCGAGCUGAUUAUUGAGUCAGAGAAGGCGUCCUCGGACAAACAUGAUGUCAGCUUCUCAGCCUUCGUCGAUGAACAGCUAGACUUUAAUGACGAAACUGAUGUUAUCAGUGCACUAAAUUAUGUACUGCCUUAUUUCUCGGAGGGAAAUCUAGAAGAUUUAGAAACAGCAUUUUUACCAUUCAUUAAACUUCUUUUUUUACAUCUACAAGAUGGAGAUAAGCCCCUGGGUUAUUUGGGAAAAAACACAAGGAACCGUUUUGUUAAACCUGAAUCCAACAAUUUACUUUAUAAAAAUAAACUGCAGACAUUCUAUCAUCUGAAAAAAUGGGCAGAUUCAGAAAUGCAAAAAAAAAUUGAUGAAGUUAAAAAGGAAAAAACUGCCAGGCAUGUACAUGCCGAUCCUUUGGGUCACAAAUUAUGGCAGACCUUUCAAAAGGAAUUGGACACUGCCCAACCACAGGAAAACAGCCCAGCAAAGACUGAGAGUGUAGGGGAAAGGCUGCAGGGAGUGGACUGGGUCCUCAAGGACCCAGAUGUCAUCAUCAAAGAAAGUGUCAAUGAACUGAAGCAUUGGGGGAAACAGAAUGCCCAGCCAGCUGCGGAGAACACUGCCAAGGAAGAGGCGCUCAGGAGGCUGGCCCCAGGAGCCAGGGGGCAGCUUCACAUUUUGCGGAGGCCCCGGAAGUUAGUGGGAAGCUCUUUCAACACAAAACCUUCGUUUAUAAAUGAAGAUAAAGCAGCAGUCUCUUCUUUCCUGCCUCCUGCCUCCACUCCUCCUAAAUCUGAGGUUAAACAGGAAUCAAAAGACUUAUCCUACACUAUUUUAGAAGAUGCAGAAAGUAUAGUUAGAAAUAUGGAAGCUUCUAAACCAACCUCGCGUCCCAGAAAAAAACACAUGUUCCUUGGUCCUCGCUCUCGUGCGAUGCACAGAGCAUUCCAGGCUGAAAGGAAUCACCAUUUGAAAAGGGAAGAGCUACUCAGAAUAUCUGCAGGCGGGCCUCCAUCCUCUGCAGUGAGGAGCCUCAUAAAUCCUCCUUCACGAGAAGCUAUUUCUUCAGAGGAACAACUGAAUUCUCAGGAAAAUCCUCUGGAAGAAUUUUCUCCUUCAGACCCUCUUGUAGGAAAGGCGACUCUGCCAGAAGAAGCUAUGUCUGAAGUCGCUGCCCGUACGGAUGUUCCCAGCACAUAUUCUGUUACUGCAGGCAACUUUAUGCCAACUGUUGAACACACGGACGAAACACAACAGGAAUACCACAACGUGGGUACUGAAUUACCCUCUAAACCCACCGGCUUCACUUCCCCAGGGCCUUCAUCCUUGGGUGAUCAGUUUGAAAUCCAGGUAAACCAGCAGCUACGGUCCAUCAUCCCGAAUGAUUAUAUGAGAAGCCUUAUUUCACACAUGAUCCGGACUCUGAAACUGGACUGCACUGAGAUGCACGUGAAGCUGUCCUGUGCCAAGUUCUUCACCAGAACAGGCCUCCUGAUAAAGCUGCUCAGUGAACAGCAAAAAGCAAAGAUGUCCAAGGCAGAGGGGAAUACCGACCUAUGGAAAGCUGAGAACUAUAUCAGUGAGAGCACAGAAGACCGGAGUGAACAGACAAGGAUGGAGUCAAAUGAGCUCACAGAAGAAGUUCCGGGGUCCAGCUAUACCAACAAACUCAUCUUCACAAUAUCACUAUCUGUGACAGUAACUGCAGUAGUGGCAGUCUUGGUUAUAAAUUUCUGCCUUUUUGAGAUUUAUUCUCACAGAACAGCAGCAAAGGGCCAUAAAAAAAGCGUAAGGGGCUUCUUUUGGUUUGUGCUGCGUAGAAAAUGCCCAGAGGAAAGCGAGAGUCAGGAGAACUUCUUCUGGAGGAUGCAGCCGCUCUGGUUCAGGGACUUGUACAGACCUCUCAGUGCCACACGCAAGAAAAAAAUGGCGCAGAAGCUACAUGAUGAGUCUUCUGAUGAGGAAGAGAUUUUCAGUAGGGUUGCGAGGGCACCCAGAGAUGGCGCAGCUGACGUGAUUCUGACUAUCGAGCUGGAAGAGCCGGAUGAGGAGAGUGAGACGGCACCGGGGAGCAACGCGGUGUGAGCCCCGUCCCGCCUCAGGCCGCCUGUGCAUUUUAUUUUCUAAAAACAAUAACCUUUACAGUAAUUUUUGGUCCUUAUGUAUUUUUUCCCAAUUAAUAUCUACUAAAGGUAUAACUAUUAUCAUAAGGAGGUCUAAAGACCGUCUGUCUUUAAAUAUUGGUUAGGGAUUCUUAACUGGGAUGUGCUCCAGCAAAGAUAGUAAAGAAAGCAAGAAGAGAACGGAGCCAGGAAAAGGCCCAACCCGGGAAGCAGGGAGGGGCAGUUCCAGGAUGGCAGCUGUGUGACCGGCCGAGGAGGUGACUAGCACACACUGGAGCGCAGAACCUGGAGGAGGGGGCUCUGAGGGAAGUGGGCGCUCCUAAGCCCCAGAGCUCUGGAGCGCUGAGGACACGGCAGGGCAGAGAGUGCAGAGAGGGACGGAGAGGGCACUGAGCACCUGGCUCUCAGGAGGGGACGCGAACGCAAUC